AUGUGCCGUGCAAUAGCUAAGGAGGUUACCAAAAUAGCCUUGGCCCGAGAAAUUGGUUGUGGCGAUAGUCGCGGCGAUGUCAUACAGCUUUACCCGUGUGAUAAGGAAACCGUCCAGAGGCAUAUCGAUAUGCUCCUUAUAAAUCCUGCGUCGCAGAGUGAAGGGAAUAGCGUGUUCCUUCGAGAAGCAAGUGAUGGAUGGAUUAUUGGCGUCGGCGUUGGCGUCUUGGCUGGCACCGUGGCUGGGGAGAUCAAGGGGAUCGUUGACCCUACUAUGAAUGAAGAGCGUAGGCGAAAACUCCAAAUAUCAGAGUUGUAAAUAGGCCGCCAAUACUUGAAAAGUCCAUCUUUACAGCGGAGGGUUGUCCUUUGCGGUGUCGUUAGCCAGCAGAUAGUAACUCUAUAGCAUAGUGGUACUGAUAUACUAAGGAGGUUAAGAUGCGCUGGGGCUUAGAUCCUGACAGACCCUCCUAAGAUCUAGCUAGAUGUUACGAACUUCCUCAGGAAGGACUUCGAGACUUGAUCUCCCAAGCGUCCUGGGAUCUAGUUAUUG